AUGGCCACGACAAGUGAGAAGAUGGAAGCAUCGGCAGUCACCGUCAACAGCGCGUCGGCCACGUCUCUCGUAGACCUCAAGGGCAGGUCUGCGGUGCCAAUGCAGUCGCUACCUCCAACCACGGCGUCGCAGUCCCCAGAAUACUGCCAUCGGCUGGCCGACAUCUCGUCACGGGCCACAGUCAGCGAGCCGCUGAACAUUGUCUUCCAACAAGAAAAGACCGGCAGGGCCACGGCCGUGACGCCAGAACUCCUCUACACGGGCGCCAAAGGGCGGAUCGAAACCAAGGUGGCCGCUGGGGCGUGGGUCGUCGAGGCAGCCAACUUUGCGGCAGUGGCAUGCUGGGAGCCGCCAUCGUCCAACGUGCCACCCUUUACAGAGGCCCAGUUUGCGGAGAUGGCACGGGAGAGGCCCGUCUUUGCACAGUUUGCCCGAGACAUCCAAGCGGCGAGGCUGGCUAGUCUGGGGCCCGAUCAGCCAUAUUGGACGCUUUCGCUGAUGGCGCGGGAUCCCCAGCGCAAAGACAAGGGCGCCGUGCGAGCUGUCAUUGAGCCAUACAUCAAACGAGCCAAGGAGGAGAAGUUGCCGCUUUGGCUGGUGGCAGGGAAUACGAGGGCCAGGGAUAUCUAUGCGUAUUUUGGCUUCCGCGUGGUUAAGCUCAUCUGGUCGUAUCCUAGGGACAGGAAAGAGGGCGACGAAGGCGUGCCCACAUGGUGUAUGGUCUGCAACUGGCCGGUAGAAUAG